AGUUAUCGUUCUCGAAAUAAGCAACUUAAGACACAGACCAAUAAAAAGAAAAAAAUAGUGUUGGUGGUUGAGAAAUUUGAAAAAGCUUCUGCUCUCUGUCUUCUCUCUUCUGCUCUACACAAACAAAACUGUUUAGCGUAGUGGUGGAGAGUGAUUGUUUUUGUUAUUGUUUGUUGCAGCGCCGGAAAACGAAACCGAGAUUCAUUUCAAUUCCAUUUUCGCAUCUGAAUGGAUGCUAUUAGAAAGCAAGCUUCGAAGCUUCGAGAACAAGUCGCUCGCCAACAACAGGCUGUUCUGAAACAGUGGUAUGGCGGUUCAGAUAAUUUGGUCGCUGAUGAGGCAGAACUCCAGCUACAUCAGAGACUUGAGAAGCUUUAUAUAUCGACACGUGCGGGAAAGCACUAUCAAAGAGAUAUUGUACGUGGUGUAGAAGGUUAUAUUGUUACCGGAUCAAAGCAAGUUGAAAUUGGGGCAAAGCUAUCAGAAGAUAGUAGGAAAUAUGGUGCAGAAAAUACAUGUACGAGUGGCAAUACAUUAUCUAGAGCUGCACUAAAUUUCGCAAGAGCCCGAGCUCAAAUGGAGAAGGAACAUGGAAACUUACUGAAAGCUUUUGGAACACAGGUUGCAGAGCCCUUAAGAGCAAUGGUGGUGGGAGCUCCAUUGGAGGAUGCCCGGCAUCUAGCUCAACGCUAUGACAGAAUGCGACAGGAAGCUGAAGCCCAGGCUAUUGAAGUUUCCAAGCGCCAGGCAAAAGUAAGAGAAACGCCAGGCAAUGCUGACAAUGCCAUGAAAUUUGAAGCAGCUGAAGCAAAACUGCAUGACCUGAAGACAAACAUGGGAAUAUUGGGGAAGGAAGCUGCUGCUGCAUUGGCUGCUGUUGAAGCACAGCAACAGAGGUUAACACUUCAGCGACUUAUAGCUAUGGUUGAAGCAGAGCGUGCAUAUCAUCAAAUAGUCCUACAAAUUCUUGAUCAGCUUGAGGGUGAGAUGAUAUCUGAACGUCAUCGAAUUGAAGCUGCUCCUGCUCCUGCUCCUAGUGUGGAUGAGAGUAUGCCACCACCACCGUCAUACGAGGAAGCUAAUGGUGUCUAUGCUUCUCAGGCAAGUAAUGGAUCAACUGAUAGCAUGGGUUACUUCUUAGGCGAGGUUUUGUUUCCGUACUCUGCUGUGUCUGAAGUGGAGUUGAAUCUUUCAGUUGGUGAUUAUGUUGUUGUCCGAAAGGUAACAAAUAAUGGCUGGGCCGAGGGUGAAUGCAAAGGAAAAGCAGGUUGGUUUCCAUUUAGUUACAUUGAAAGAAGGGAACGGGUUCUUGCUAGCAAGGUGGCUGAAGUGUUUUGAACUUUCUCCUGUUGGGUUUGGUUUUCUUAACCCGGGGUAUUUUUAUGUGUGUGUGAUGUUUUGUACUUAUGGUGGAUAAUGUGUUCUUAGCAUAGAAAAAAAAUGAUUUAUGAUAGAAAA